UUUUUUUGGUUCUGCAAAUAAUUUUUUGCCUGAUGAAGGUGAUGCACUGAUGCCUCGUACUUUUUAUCCUCUGUCUGCAGUGCUCUGUGGCCCUUUAGCACUCUUGGAUGGCCUGAUGAAUCAUCAGAAGAUUUUAAGAGGUUCUACCCAACAACAAUGCUUGAAACUGGGCAUGAUAUUUUGUUCUUCUGGGUGGCAAGGAUGGUCAUGAUGGGAAUUGAGCUUACCGGGAAAGUUCCAUUUUCAAAUAUUUAUCUUCAUGGACUUAUUCGGGAUGCACAAGGGCGAAAAAUGUCUAAAACACUAGGGAAUGUAAUAGAUCCUCUGGAUACAAUCAAGGAGUAUGGUACUGAUGCUUUGCGAUUCACUCUUGCGCUGGGAACCGCUGGCCAGGAUCUUAAUUUAUCAAUGGAAAGGUUGACUGCUAAUAAAGCAUUCACUAAUAAACUAUGGAAUGCGGGUAAGUUUGUGUUACAAAACUUGCCUAGCCAAACUGAUGCAUCAGCUUGGGCAGCAAUACUGGCUCAUAAGUUUGAUGUAGAGGAGCCAGUUCUCAGUCUACCUUUACCUGAAUGUUGGGUGGUGUCAGAACUUCAUGAGCUCAUUGACACAGUCACUGCAAGCUAUGACAAAUAUUUCUUUGGAGAUGUCGGAAGAGAAAUCUAUGAUUUCUUUUGGAGUGAUUUCGCUGAUUGGUACAUCGAAGCCAGUAAAGCUCGCUUAUACCAGUCAGGAGGAGAUUCAACUGCUUCUCUGGCACAAGCUGUUCUAUUAUACGUGUUUGAAAAUAUAUUGAAGCUGCUGCAUCCUUUUAUGCCCUUUGUUACUGAAGAACUUUGGCAGGCUCUCCCUAACCGGAAAGAAGCUCUAAUAAUUUCUUCAUGGCCCCAGACUUCCCUUCCACGGCACGCUAACUCGAUAAGGCAAUUCGAAAACUUCCAAGCUUUAACUAGAGCAAUCCGAAAUGCUCGAGCAGAAUAUUCCGUAGAGCCAGCCAAGCGCAUUUCUGCAUCAAUAGUUGCCAGCAAAGACGUCGUCCAGUAUAUCUCUAAUGAGAAGGAAGUGUUGGCCCUUCUAUCCCGGCUAGACGUACAGAACGUCCAGUUCGCCACUUGCCCUCCAGAGGAGGCGAACAAGUGCGUGCACCUUGUUGCAAGCGAAGGACUGGAAGCGUAUCUCCCACUUGCUGACAUGGUCGACAUAUCUGCUGAAGUGGAUCGCCUUGGCAAGCGGCUAGCCAAGAUGGAGACCGAGUACGAGGGUCUCGUAGCUCGCCUCGUUUCGCCCAAGUUCGUGGAGAAGGCUCCAGGGGACGUGGUCCGUGGGGUUAGGGAGAAAGCAGCAGAGGCAGAAGAGAAGAUCAAGCUGACGAAGAAGCGGCUGGAGUUUCUGAGAUCCUCUGCUUUGGUAUCACAGAUCUGGAGUACAUACACAUUCACAAGACGGCGAGGCUGCUGGAGGCGGCCGUGGUUUGCGGCGCGAUUCUCGGGGGAGCGGACGACGAGAGCGUGGAGAAGGUGAGGAGGUACGCGCUGCGCGUGGGGCUGCUGUUUCAGGUGGUGGAUGAUAUUUUGGACGUGACCAGGUCGUCGGAGGAGCUGGGGAAGACGGCGGGGAAGGAUCUGGCGAGCGAUAAGGCGACGUACCCGAAGUUGUUGGGCCUGGAUGGGGCCCGGAGGUUUGCUGGGGAGCUGGUGGGCCAGGCCUGUGAGGAGCUGGCCGGGUUUGAUCCGGUUAAGGCCGCCCCGCUUUACCAUUUCGCUAAUUACAUUGCGACCAGGCAGAACUAAUUUUUUUUAUUGAUUCCAGACUUUGUUGUUUUCGUUUUAAUUGUAUUAAUCUGUCGACUGAUCGAUACUCUGCCGGCCGGCCGGAUUUGUUUGUUUGUUGGUUGGUUACUCCGCCAUGGUUUUUGGCUGUUUUCAUAAUUAGAAGAGACAAG